AUGCGACUGCCAUCAUUGCCGCUUUCACGUGAGAAUAUCAAGAGCAGCGUGAGUAAAUUCCGAUGUAAAGCUGUGUUUAUCUAUUGGUGGUCGUUGCGUAAUGGAGUUGUUCAGGAGCUGAUAAUUCCAGUGUCAUUACUAGCUUUACUAACCAACUCCAUCGUUGAUGGUAACGCAGUUCAUGCUCGAGAAAUGGCGAAGCGACAAAACGCGAUGACAAAUGCCUUUCUUCCCGCGCUGGACACGUUCACCAUACCGCAGGGAAUCGAAGCUCUUGGUGGAGUGAUUCAUGAGAUCGACUACAGGAGUGUACGAGGCGUCACCUGGAAGCUCCUACCGCAGCACAUCCAACAUGCAAUAGAUAGCGAAUUCAUCGCUCAUCUACCGGUAGUCUUCUUUGUGCUGAUUAUUGUCGAGCGUGCCGUACUGAUUGUGCACGAAAGAGAAAAUGGUACAAUAGCUAUUCUGGACUCCCAUUCGCAUGUUCAAGGCCGUAAAGGUGCUGCCAUUCUUUUAUCAGUGCUCCGUUCACGUCGUAGAAGUUUAUUGUCGAAGCAGACCCUCAUCUUCAAGGCCAUUCGCUAUACUUCCCCGUGA